AUGAUCGCCCUUAUCAUGGUCCGGCCCUACGAUGCGGACGACGCUAGCGACGCCUGGAACGUGAAGGCGCUGGCGGAGAACUGGCCCGACGCGGUGCUGCGGGACUACCCUGGCAAGUUCGUGGUGCUCUCGACCGGCCUGGGGGAGAGCGUCGUGAUCUACACCAGCUGCGCCCUGGCGUGCAUGAGCCUGCUCGUGGCCAGAAGGUACUUUCUUGGUGCCGAGCUCGGUGGUCCAAUACUGUGGAAGUGGGCCAGCGCUGCCUUCUUCGUUUGCCUUUGGAUGCUGUACAUUGUUCUAUCUAUCAUGGCGGUGUGA